GAAACAAUGCACCGAAGUUCCUGCUGAGUGGCCACACGGUUUCUGAAGGACUGCAAAGUCGAGGGAGAAGCUGGGUUGUUUCAGGUCCGACCCGAAACGAUUUAACUCCUGUCAUGUCCCAAACCAAGCUAUUGUUUCAUGAAGCUUUCCCUGCAAGUACCAGCAAUCGAGCCACCCAUGUAUGCCCGCCAACCCCCAUCGUGAUAGAGAGGCUGCUACCGCCGUCAGAGGAGCGUGAGAAAGUGGAAAGCACCAGAAGCUCCAUCAGCUUCACCACUCUGUCAGAGGAGAGACUAGGGGCUGCGGUGCGGCUGGCCAAGCGAGAUCUGAGAAGAAGGCGCUUUGAGUCACUGACUAAAUCCCCUGCCAAACCCUCUCAGGAGGCCUCCUUCAAUGAAACAAGUGAUGUAGAGCUGCUCCAAGAGCUUACUGCCACUCCAAAUAAGACCAAGUCGAAGACCUCCAGUCCAAAAAAGAACUCAACCCGAUCUGGAGCCAAACUGUCAGCGAACACACCCCAGAAGCGUCCUAUUUGUCUCAUGCCUCGGAUUGGCCGGUCACCGCCGACCAGAGACCUUGCCCCAAGACAAUUUGAAGGAGGCAGACAUGCACCUUUAAGCCAGGAGAUCGGCAAGCUGCAAAAUGAGCUGGAAUUGUAUAUUCAGAAAGUAGAAGCGCUCUCCAAUAGAGGGGGGGAAAUGGAGGAGCCACUGGAGCCUGAAGAGCAAGACAAGUUGGAGGUGCGCAGGCAGAAGCAGGCAGGCCGUUCAGCACGUGUCAUCUAUGUUCUCCAGCAACAGGUAAAGGAGAUACAAGAAGAUAUUGAGAAACUGCAAAGCCAGAAAAUGUGGGACGCCAAAAAGUCCACGACAAUAAACAGGCUUGCAGCUGCACACCGUGGGACUUUUAGGGUCUUGCAGUUUGUUGUCAACCAGCUUUCAGAUCUUUCUCAUGGCAAGGUACCCCCUUAUUACAAAGAGCUGGGCCAGCUGAUUCGCCAGCUCUCUCUGUGCUCAGCUAAGGUUGAAGCAGAACAGGGUUCAGAGUUGGCCUUCGACAUCCUGCAGAAACUAGAGACUUUGGAUUCUGCCCUUCAUAAGCAACAGCUGCUCGAAAAGAUGCAGGCCCAAGCACAUCCUCCACACAGGAAGUCUCCUCAUCGCAGCACGUCUCCUACAAGUGCACCCAUGGGUCCCAGCACCUCAACUGUUAGAGGGCCUCGCAAACCAGCAAAUCCCAAAAGAGCAGUCCACGGUAAAAGAAUUACCUCACAGAAGCCCAGAACUGGUUCUCACCAGCUUGUGAACAGAAGAGAGGUGCUCAGGGCUGGCCUGCAGAGCCUUGCCCAGAGAGAUCUGCAGGGACGACCUCAGACAAACACCACCCGCAGAAAAGGAGGGGCUCUAUACUCUGGGAGAAGCAAGGCUGACAUUAUAAUUAAGAUCCAAGAAGCAGGUUUCCAGCAGCCUACGGUCUCCUCUCAACUCAGAAUGAAACCAGCUCCCUCAAAAAGAGCACUCUGUGCCCUGGAUACCUACCUCCCUCACUCUCCUCCUCCACAGCGAUCCCCUCAAAGGAGAAGACCAGAGCCUCGAUGUCUCUUUUCUCCCAUCAAGCCCUCGUCCAGCCCUCCCAAGCAGGUGGUGAACGGUGGUUUGGGACCAGAGCCGGGCCUGAGCUCAGAAAAGAUGACACAAGCUCAGAAUGAAGCAUUAAGGAAAGCUUGGCUGGAUAAGAUGACGAUGCAGAGACUGAAGGAGCUCAACCAGCUGAGUAAAGAAGAGGCUCAACGCAUUCAAACAUUAAGGUCAGACAUUGUCUCACCAACUCAGUGGGCUGAGAGCGCUGAGCAGAAGGCCAGAGAGAGAAUUCAGCCGCUUCUGGAUGAAGCAAAGCAGAUCGGGGAGUCCAGGACGAGGAUCAGCCCCUCACUGAGGAUUCGGCUGUCGGAGCAGGCUGCAGAGAGGGCAGCAGGGAGUGCUGAGCAGCUGAGUGAGGUGCUGCUGGAGGAUCUGUUGGAGGACACUGCGCGGGCGGCGUGGGCGGCUGAGACAGACAGGCAGUUUGAGGGCAUGGCCCAGAGUAGGCUGCAGGCCCCCACCCUGGAGAGUAUGCUGCUUCGUAUGGAGGAGAUUCAGAGAGACCAGGAAGAAGUGAGGAGACGGGUUACUUCUAUCACCUACUCUGACCCUCUUUACUGGGACAGACCAGGAGCAGCAGGACCCCAGUGCCAUGCUCCGCGCUCCAGGCCAGCCUCUCCUCAGCCAAUUAGGCUCACAAAGCCAGUGCCGAUCCAGAGCUCUGCAGCGGAUAUUGUCCUAGAGAAACCUGUGGAGACUGGACACAGCAUCCUCUCUGAGAACAGCCUGACUGAUGAGACAUCCCAAGAUGAACAGCAGCCCAGACGCGGCACCGUGUUCACAGGCCCAGCGGAGAGAAGCAGGGGGACUGUUAUCUUUGUGCCAGGCGGCAUGCUGGGAAACAUCCGGCAGUACCGGGAAGACUACGAGAGCUACCUGCGUGUUGUGGCCCACGAGGCUGUCGGCAGCUUCAACCCCUGGGCCGUCACAGAUCGCCUGGCAGAGGAGCUGCUGUCCGAGGCUCUGGCUGACGUGGCAGCAGAGUUCCAGGACGUCGUGGAGGAGUACGCCGAGGCCAUCUUCACCUCAGAGUUUCUUCAGCCCACCCAGUCGCCUCCUGCUUCAGCUUCGGUCAGCCAACACGAUGUUACGGCAUCGUGAAUGUAGCCGUUUCUUACUUUGAGAGUACUAUGUGUAUUUAUUUUAGUCGAAAAAAUCUGUAUUUUUCAGACUUUCAGCACAAAAGAUGUAAAUAUCAAGACCUCGGGUCUUUCUCUCAACCAAGGAUGAUGAUUAUUUGUUAUCUAGUUUCUCAGGCGGAUGUUUCAUUCGGAAUGAAACUCUUUCACGUAUGUACUUAUUUUGUUAAUUUACAAAGAUCUUUAUUUAAUUGGGAUUGUAGAUAUAUAUUUUUUAAUGAAGCUGCAGCAGAGGAGGUUGUUGAAUUGCACAGGGAGCAUUAGUCACGGGACUCUUAAUGGUCCAUCUGUAUCUGUGAUUGAAUUCUGCUGGGAAAGUUAGUUUAGUUUAGAUAAGCUUGGAGAGACCACUACGACAUUACAGCGGAUUAUGAGAUUACCGCCCUCCCCUUGCACUUGGUUUAAAUCUCUCUGAGGAUUACGCACACUUUCUAUUUUCACGUUGGAAUAUGGAAAUAAAUGAAUUGCAUACAGUCCCCGCCAAAACAACUUGAUUAUCUCUUUUGUAUUUGUCUAAUUAAAGGGGUCUAAACGUGUUGUCCCAGUAAGUUUUGACCACGGUGAGGAGUGAGUACAAUAAAGAGCAACGUGUUGACAUUCUUGUCAUUAAAUUGGUUUAAUGAUCUCUUCAA